AGUACAUCGUCUUCCAGAUGGUUCCCUUCAUCUAUCAACCGUCGAUUCCGUCCUGUCAUCUAGGUACCUAUCAACACCUAUGACAUCGCUCCAGCCGACAUACAAUUUAUAUUGAUUUUGAACAUUGCCUGCUUUCCGGCAUUCAGUCUUUCGUUCUAGGAUUACUCGGUCGUUUCCUCAGGCUCUCCUUCUCCCCUAGUAUUGUCGUACAUCUGCGUGUCCACGGCCCAGCCUUUGGCUCAUGAUCUCUCCACUACCUCCAGCAUGGAGGGAUUACCAGAGGGGAUCGUGUCAGACAUCCUCGAGUACCUCGACCCCCAGGAGCUGAUCUCCGCCCAAAAGACGUGCACCGCCCUAGCAAGAUCGGCACGUGCCAAUCGACUAUGGAGGGUUAAAUGCUUCGAAAAGUCUCCCAGUGCUGCAAUGAGACGGCAAGCCGGUACUUUGAACAGUCUGACGAAUGCGUUGCAAGGUCUGACCUUAUCAGAUCGUCCUGCUCUUUCUUCCUCGGCCACUCCCAGUCACCAGCAUGACCAAGAGAGUGUUAUGAGAGAAAGUCCCAGAGCCCGAGCGGUAAACGGAUGGGACCGGUCCGCAAAGGACGAGCGUGUCGACUGGUAUUCGGAAUACAAGGCAAGACAUGCACCAUUGAAUGCCGAGUGGCUCAAUGAGCAGCCUUCGAAACCCUUAGAUAUCAAAGGCAUUGCAACGUUGACCGGGUCCGAUCGAGCAGUUGGUUUUCUGGAAGACGCCAGCGUAUGCGUCUGGGACUUUGCAGAAAGUGUUUCGGGUAGACGGAAAUUCAAACAACUCGGACGAAGCAAAUCGAUACUCUGUACCGACACCGUGCAGCCCGACGAGUCUUUGGUUGUCGACUGUGUCAGCACCUUUUCACCGCAACAAAGGGCAUUCAUUGCCAUCGGCAACAUCCUGAACGAAGUCGACCUCAACACUUUCCAAGUGAUUUCACAUUCGAGAUACGCUUACCCAAUAACAGCAUUAUCACAAUGCACCUCUACCGAUCUACCACUCACGGUCGGAACACAAUGGAGUCUGCAUAUUCUUGAUCCCAGACUUUCCCACUCACUCACAUCACAAACACGCACAGAACGGGUCGAGGAGGUGCCCGCCGUCUCUGGCAAUAGAACUGCAAUCCUCCCUGACUUCACCCAGAGCCCAGGGCUGUAUUCGUGCAAUUUUGGUCCUUCCGCUCCCUUCUCUGAAGAGCCUAGUCCCCCCACAUGGUCUCCGCGCGUGUCGAACUUGCACCCUUCACACCGUCGGCAGAAUCCUCACUGGAUGGCAUACGCUCGAGUCGAGCCAGGACCCCUGUCCAUUCUUCACCACGCCGAGAACGAGAUCUUGCUGGCUGGACGAUUCCCAAGCAUCCUAUCAUACGACCGAAGAUACUUCCCGCGCCUACAAUAUGUCAUCCACUCCGGCGCAAGUCUUUCAUCCCUUACCUCCAUACCAUAUCCGCCGGCAGGGGCUCCAUCCAGCGUUACUGGUGGCUCAACACUCGUCGCCUGCGGUGAAUAUCGGGGCCGUGGAUCUCUAGAACUCUACUCCCUUCCUCACGUCAUACCCGGACAGACCCCGUCAGGCCAAGAUCCCCUUACGACCAGUAAUCCCUCAGAGGACGACAUGUUAGACCUCGGGAGGAGUCCUAGUGUCAGCUCCGAUGGCUCACUGUUCAGCUACAAGAACAGACAAGAAGCCGCAAGCUCGAAAGUGCUGUCUGCCGCCUCGCAGGGGACGAAGAUCGUCUUCUCUGACUCCGAAGGCGGACUGAAGUGGAUUGAGCGCGAUGGCCGCAGCCUGGUUCGUAAGUGGAACAUCAAUGGCUUCGAGGUCGGUGAAGGCGGCGCCUCCGUUCACGGCGAUCAAGUCGCGCGCAAGAUCAUCCCGCUCGAAGUUUCCAAUAGUGAGUGGGGACGCCGUGGUGAUGGAGAUCUCCUCGUGUGGACGGGCGAGAAGAUUGGCAUCGUCACGACGACUCCGCAGUACGUGGACCAUGAGGAACUGGUCAAAGAGCUUGAGAGCAACGAGACUGCGAGUGCAAAACAGGAACGGGAGGAGCGCGAGAAGGCGGAGGAGUACUCAAAGGUGAUGAGGAAGGCGUUGGAACGACAGGCUGAUGAGAGGCGGUGGAUGAGCCAGUUCCGCCUUAGGAGGGGUUACUUUUAGGGGAGCCCCAGUGAUAUGUGAAGCUGUCCCAUACCCGAUAUAUGCAGUCGAUAGACAUCUAGAAUGGAGUUGAUCUAGCAAUUGGAAGGCUGCAUUCCGUUUUCGAUGUUGCAUGAACUCAUUCCUCAGCAUUGCACUGGUUGCGCUGCCAGCGCUGGUGAUGUUAGCUAGGCCUGCCGUGGGCUGAGGAAAACAAUUAGCACUUACCAGGUCAGGCAUUCGACAGGAAAACAAUUAGCACUUACCAGGUGAGGCAUUCGAC